AAAGUUGAUUUUCCUCUUGACUCCACCGUGUAAAUUUGAUCCAAAGCAGAUUUUUGGUAACAUACACCCAACUCUUCGACAUCCCCAAUCGCCGUCAAACCCACAGCAGAAGAAGAGUGCGACUGUUACUGAUACAUCGAUUGAUGACCCUUGGACCUUCGCUAGAGCCAACUGACCCAUAAUAUUCAUUUUCUAUAUAGUUUUUAGCUCUCUCUCGAUCUCAAUGUCUUCAGUUCAUAGAUCAAUGGCAAACUCGUUAUACUUAAAGCACGGACUCUCUCUAUGGUGUCCUCACUCCACUUCUCUGAAUCGAAUUCACCACCACCCUUCUUCAAUUUCUUCCAGAAGCUACGUCGUCGCAUCUUCAUCUUCUUUCGCCAAUGAGAAUCGCGAGUUUGUGAUUGUUGGAGGUGGAAAUUCGGCUGGAUAUGCAGCUCGGACUUUCGUCGAGCACGGUAUGGCCAAUGGAAAGCUGUGUAUUGUAUCGAAAGAGGCAUAUGCACCUUAUGAGAGGCCAGCUUUAACAAAAGCUUAUUUGUUCCCUCCAGAUAAAAAGCCUGCACGUUUACCCGGUUUUCAUACGUGUGUUGGAUCUGGUGGGGAAAGGCAGACUCCUGAAUGGUAUAAAGAGAAGGGUAUUGAGAUGUUGUACGAGGAUCCAGUAACAGCUAUUGAUAUUGAAAAGCAAACUCUGACAACAAAUUCAGGGAAACUGCUAAAGUAUGGGUCUCUUAUUGUUGCCACUGGAUGUACAGCUUCAAGAUUUCCAGAGAAGAUUGGUGGAAACUUACCCGGUGUUCACUAUAUUCGGGAUGUUGCAGAUGCUGAUUCGCUGAUAUCAUCACUGGAGAAAGCACAGAAGGUGGUUGUUGUUGGUGGUGGUUACAUUGGCAUGGAGAUUGCUGCUGCAGCUGUUGGUUGGAAACUUGAUACAACGAUCAUAUUUCCAGAAAAUCAUCUUCUGCAAAGAUUGUUUACUCCUUCCCUCGCUCAGAAAUAUGAAGAACUUUACCAGCAGAAUGGCGUCAAAUUCUUGAAGGGUGUCUCCAUAAAAAACUUAGAAGUUGGUUCUGACGGAUGCGUGGCUGCUGUUAAACUUGAAAAUGGAACUACAAUAGAAGCAGACACGAUUGUUAUUGGUAUUGGAGCUAAACCUGCUGUCAGUCCUUUUGAAACGUUGCCCUUAAAUACCACUGUUGGUGGAAUACAGGUUGAUGGUCAGUUCCGAACAAGUGCCCCUGGUAUUUUUGCGAUUGGAGAUGUAGCGGCAUUCCCCUUGAAGAUGUAUGGCCGCAUUGCAAGGGUCGAACAUGUUGAUCAUGCUCGCCGAUCUGCCCAGCAUUGUGUUAAAGCAUUACUAAGUUCACAAACUGACACGUAUGAUUAUCUGCCACAUUUCUACUCGAGGGUCUUUGAGUAUGAAGGAAGCCCAAGGAAAGUAUGGUGGCAGUUUUUUGGGGACAAUGUUGGGGACACUGUUGAAAUUGGAAAUUUUGAUCCAAAGAUUGCUACUUUCUGGAUAGAUUCUGGUAAACUGAAAGGAGUUCUUCUUGAAAGUGGAAGUCCCGAGGAAUUUCAACUUCUUCCCAAGCUUGCAAGGAGCCAGCCCUUCGUUGAUAAAGCCAAACUGGAGAGUGCAUCAUCAGUUGAGACAGCACUACAAAUUGCACGAUCUUCUUUGCAGGUUGACGCUACGGUUUAGUUCAUAGCACUAAACAAUUUUUGCUUCUUGCAUGUACAUCUUCAAUAAUGCUUUUGGAGGAGAAUUAUUUGGUAAACCAUAUUCUGAAACCUCUUCAAUGUAAAGCCCCGUACCCACUCUUACAAUUUAAUUUUCCAUGUAAUGCUCCUGCAGAAUAGUAGAGAGAGAGAGCUUCCCGAGCCAUUUAUAUAGUGACAUUUGUUACCGGACUGUCCAAAUCUCAUUUUCUCAUUGCAGGAUUCUUCUUGACCACAUGAUUAGGUCAACAAGACCCAUCGUGUGGUGGAGAAGAGCUUUGGAAUAGAGUGGUCAUUCUGCUUGUAGGAAUUAAGAGCUUGUUUGGAAAGUGGAUUGACUUUUUGACUUUUUUAGUUCGGAGUUAAAAAGUCUAGUUUAAGAAGGACUUUUGGCUUUUUUGACUUUUUAAACUUUUUUGUGAGAGAGAAUGUAAUGAUUAUAGGUUUGA